AUGUUGAGGAGCAGUCCGGCAGAGCCUGUCGCUCUCAGCCAUGAUUGGGCUAGUGCCUACAUUUUGCGCAAGCCACGACCUUACAAGUGUAAAGCUUCAAAUGGUCAUUUGACACCAUCCACAAUUGAAGUUGACGACAACGAUACUAUAGUCGGCUCCCCUCAUGUUUGUGCCAAUAACCUUUCCACGAGUUCGUAUUCUAGUUUCAUGUUUGUUACCAAAAGUGUUAGAACAGAAACUCAUCUGACCCUCAUAAGUUUGAUGCCUCCACAUGGAGCUUCAGGCUUUCCCACAGUCAAGAACAUCAAAUUCCUUACUGCAAAAGCAAAAAAUGGCUUAGGAUUAGAAAAUGCAGACCCACUGUCCAUUUGGCCACAUGAUUUGAUCUUGACAAGGAAUAGCCAACCCAAAUCUUGGAACUAUCUCUGUGGUUCUCUCCAGCCACCUUCAUCUGAGAUCAUUGGAGGUUUCCAGUUACUAGGUUGGAUGCACCGUAAGCUUCGGCAAAAUGGUAGUGAAGCACUGAAGGAUUUUGCUAUUGGCAAUCCUUGCAAUUGCCUUACAGGACAGCAAUCACUAGAUGACCAACAAUACUGCACAAAACCGAACUAUGGGACCAGAACAUUUAGGCAAGCCCAGAAAGAGCACCUUCGAAAGUCUUUUGCUGGUUUAGAAGCAGCUCGAGUUGAAGAAGAAGAAGAAGACUACGAAGAAGAAUCAUCAGCUGCGAUAUCCGAACUAUUCCAUGGUUUUCUGGCAAUUGGCACCCUUGGUUCAGAGCCAGUCAACACGGACCCGUCAACACCAACAUUUCCCAUCUCUGUUGAGAAUAUAACUGAGAAAGAGACUGAAGUGACAGAGAAUGAACUGAAGCUUAUCAAUGAUGAGUUAGAGAAGGUUCUGGCAGAAGAUUGCUGCAAUGACUCAUCAGGAAGAAACAGUUAUGUUAGUGCUGGGAGAAGCAGUCAUGGCAGCACCAUUACACUCAGUGGCAAGCCAAUGGAAGGCCGAGAUUCCAAUGCAGUCUGUCCCCUGCAGGGAUAUCUAUUUGGAUCGGCAGUAGAAAUGUCAGAGACAGCACCUGUGGCAAAGAAGGAACACAGGACAUCGCUUGGCGAACUAUUUCAGAAAACAAAAAUAGCAGAGGAAAAUUCUGGGUUUAAAUAUGAGAGGGAGGAGAAGCGCCUGGAGAAGGAAGCUGAUAAAUCUGCCGUGAAUCUCAUGAAAAAGAUUCUGAAGAAGAAAAUGCUCCAUGCUUCAUCUAGGAGCUCUACUUCAGCUGGAGGAGCAACUGUUGAUUCUGCUUCAGCAGAAACAAAACUACACAAGUUCUGCUUGAUGUGUGGUGUGCAGAUCCUACACAUGUUCCACAGGAAAGUUCAUCCUGAAAGCUCAACAUCCACCAGGAAGGCCGACAAGCCCCCAAAAAAUGAGAAUAAGAAGAGCAACAACAAUGGGGGAAACAACAAUGGAGGUCAGAUGCUCCUGGACGAGGACAUCACCAUAGUUCCUCGAACCCUUUCAAAGAGGAGCAUAAGGCGCUUCAAGAGUCAAUCUAACCCACCCCACUUCAUGUUUACUGGCUGUGACUCAAAUGGAAGCAGGGAAUGCUGGAUAAAAACAGAUGCAGACUGUAAGUAUCCCUUUCGGAACUUCAAGUUCUCAUGUUCACUAAAUUUUUUGCCAUCAAAACUUGACUGUUUAGGACUUAAGAAGUUCUGGAACAAAUGGCAGGGAUCAUUUCCUGACUCUUGUAAUCAAUGA